AUGCCACCACCUCUUCAACAUCGUCUUGCUCUUAAGAAGAUUCUACAAGAUCGGACAUUUGUCACUCAAAUGGACAAAAAAUUAAUUGAUACAAGGCCUAAUAGAACUUCACGAAAAGAAGAAAUUACUCUUGCAAAACGUUUAGAAAUUCUCCAGAAGUUAGACAAUGGAGCAAAUCUGCGUGAACUUGCUGCUGAAUAUGGUAUUAACAAAAGAACCAUGCAACGAUAUAGAAGAAAUGCAGCAUCAAUUCGGAAACUUUCAGAAACUGCUAUAGAUAUGGGUAUGAAAAGAAGACGAGCAUCAUUGCAUGAAGAUGUAAGUACUAGGUUACAUGCAUGGGUAAUAGAAAGGCGAGCAUUGGGAGAGACUCUAACUGAUAGUACAUUGCAAGAGAAAGCAAAACAAUUCCACAAAGAAAUUGGUGGUUCAUCACAUUUUGCAGCCAGUCGUGGUUGGCUGUGGCGUUUUAAAAAGAGAUAUAACUUGCGUUCUGUGGGCACCCAUAAAGAAAAACUAGAUGAAACUGAAUUAGCUGUAGAAAAUUUUGGAAAAGAAUUAACAGAACUGAUAAGUAAGGAAAAUAUUGAUGAAGAAAAUAUAUACAAUUUGGAAGAAACACGUUUAAUGUGGAAAGCCCUUCCUCAAAAAUUGUUAGAUCAAGAUGAGGAACAAAUGAAAGAUAAGAAAAAAAAUUACAUCACUAUUGCAUAUUGUGCAAAUGCCACUGGCACACAUAAACUACCGUUACUUGUAAUUAAUAAGUAUCCUAAUCCAAGAGCUUUAAAACAUUGUAAACACCUUCUACCAGUAAUAUAUAAAAGUGAAAGUAACAAUGAAUUAGAUGAAACUAUUUUUAAAGAUUGGUAUAUCAAUCAUUUUAAAUCCAGUGUGAGACAACACUUACUGCAAAAGCAGGAAGAGAAGAAAGUGCUAUUACUAGUUGACAAUUUUAAAAGGCAUAUGCUUCCAAAAGAAGCACAAGAUGAUUUUCAGUUUAAAUUAAUGUUUUUACCAUCUUAUGCAUCUUCAACUAUUCAGUCAAUGGAGCAAGGCAUAAGUGAAAAACUUAAAAAGUUGUUUCGAUAUAAAUUACUACAACGAGUGUCAAAAUUUGAUGGUGGAAUUCGACAGUUUUAUGCUGAUUAUGAUAUAAAAGAUUGUAUUGACUUGAUUUUUGAAUCAUGGAACGAUAUAACAGUAGCAAACAUUAAAACUUCAUGGAACAAACUUCUAAAUCAAUCAUCUUUGGAUGAGAAUAGUGAACAACAGGAUUUCAGAAUCAAAAUGGAAGAAAUUUCUUCUACAGAAAUAGCAGAAUGGUUUUCAGAAUGUGAAGAAGCAGAAGCAACCAUUGAAGAAACUACAGAACAAUCCUGUUGUCCCAUAGAAGAAGAGGAAAUUUACCGCAUGUUUCACAAUUUAACAAAUUGGGCUGAAAUGGAACCUGAAUUUGGUAUUCAGUGGAGAGAAAAUAUAGUUGGACUUUCCCACAACUUUCCUUGA